AUGCGAACAGAGUUUGAAGAGCCUGAUGGAGAAAUUACAAGUGGUGUUGCAUCUUUAGAAAAAGUAAUAAUGCAGGGGUAUAAACCCCACAUAAACUUUCCAUUUAGCAUUUUAUUCUCAACUGUUGUCUAUUGUGGUGAAGCCGCCUCUGCUUUGUAUAUGUUUGAAAUGUAUCGAAAGAAUAAUGACAAAUUCUGGAUGUCAUUUACCAUUGGCAUAAUUAUUGUGGGAGCAAUUUUGGAUCAAGUUGCCUUGAUGUUUUUCAACAAAGACUCAACCAGAAGUAAGGCUGUGUUCCUUUUUUUGCACAUUCUUCUUUUAGGACCUAUUGUGAGGUGUUUACAGAUCAUUGUAAGUUAUCAUAAACUGGCAAAGAAAAUUAACCAAGAGAAGAAAGAGACUCAGUUUAAUAAUGGAAGAAAUAUAAUGCUGGAAAAAGAGACAGUUCUCUCUAUGUACAGUAUCUUUAUGCAGUGCAAAGCUUUCAAAUGCAUGGCAGUGAUCCAGGCCUUUUUUGGUUCUGUUCCACAAUUAAUUGCCCAGUCAUAUAUCACCUUCACUAUAAGAGAAUGGCCUAUUGGUAGAGCACUGUUGAUGACAUUUUCUCUGAUAUCAGUUACUUAUGGGGCCAUUCUCUGCAAUAUACUGACCAUCCAGAUCAAGUACGACAAUACUAAUUUUCAGUUACAUCCAGUACAUUUCAUGUGCAUCAUGUUAUGGCGUAGUUUGGAGAUUACCUCGCGAGUAGUGACUUUGGUACUUUUUACCACAUCUCUAAAACUAAAAAGUGUGCCAUUUUUAUUAAUCAUAUAUUUCAUAUCAUUUUCGGCACCAUGGCUGGAGUUUUGGAGAAGUAGAUCUCAUCUUCCCAGCAACAGGAAAAAGAGAUUCUAUCCAAUAUGUACACUUAUCGUGAUCACUCUACUAUAUGCAGCAAUUGACUUCUCCUGCUGGUCAGCAGUGAAACUGCAGUUAUCACAUGAGGAAAUAAUUGACAAAAGACAGAAAUGGAUUCAUAGAACCCUACAUUACAUCUUUCGGUUCCUAGAAAAUGUGAUAAUGGUAUUAGUAUUCAGGUACUUUGGAAGAAAAACUUUACUGAAUUGUUGUGACUCAUUAAUUGCUGUGCUACUCAUCUUAACUUACCUGCUAUCCAUUGGUUUUAUGCUCCUCUUCUAUCAGUAUUUGCAUCCAGGGUCAUCAGACAAAGCAUUACCACAGCAUUCUGAAAAUCAGCCUGAAGCAAUGUGA